AUGUCCAAAACACCUUCCUCAGCUACGCGAAUCGUUCAAUCUCUUCUUUCAGCUCAUCCACAUUUAUCAACUCAACAGAUAUAUCAGACUGCCACCGAUCACCUGAGGCCCGUGUUGAGACCAGCUCAUGUAUUAGAUCAACAAGGAAGGAUAAGAAUGAAGAAAGUCAGUAAUAUGAGAGAAGGCAGAAGACCAUGGAUACCUAUGCCUACUCCACCCUUUCCAGAACAUCCUUUUAAAAGUGUAAAUUUCCUGAAACGAACCAUCCUCGCAUCACUUGAAUCACAAGGAUUAAUUCACAAAUCCAGAGUUCAAAAACCCAUUGAAACAGAUGAAGAAAGACAUGCAGCCAUAGCGACUGCGAUGAGACUAACUAGGAAAAAUGAAAGGACAGCUAUAAGAUUAAAAGAACCAGUCCCACCACCUCGUAUACCGAAGACAACUGUUACCGAAUUCGCCUGGAAAAUGGGUCCUCUCCCACCUCGUUUAGAUGAAAAUGGUAAAAUCAUCAUGGCAGGCACGGGAAAACGAGAACAGAUAGAAGAGGAAGAGAUUUACGAUGAAGAUGGAGAGAGAAGUGAAAAAGCAGAUAGGGAAUUAGCAUUUAGAAUGCAUACUGCUUGGCAAACCAAUAGAGGAUCACCAUUACCUCCUUCUUCUUCUUCUUCUUCCAGUCAAGAUGCGAGACAACAGCCUGAACAAAGACAGAGUGAAAAUAUGUCAUCUCAGGAAAUGGAAAUAAGAUGGGAUCAAGCUGCUAGAUUAGAGGAAUCUUUCCAAAGAGCACAAGAAAUCGAAGCUCAGCAAAUCGAAGAACGUCAAAAUGCUCGUAGAGAUGCAUACAGAGCCGCCAGAGAACAAAAGAAGAAAGAAAGACUAGAAGAUGAACUGGCAGGAAGAACAGAUGCUAUUAAAGCUGAAAAGAAGAGAAUACAAGCACUGGAAGCUAUUCAAGCGUAUGCAAAUCAAACGGGUGAAGAUGUUAGUGGGUGGUAUCAGGAAUUAGGAAUUAGUGAAGGUGAAAGUAUACCGAUCAGCGAGGAACCAAGGAGGAAACGAGGUGGAUCUGGAUUUGGUCUAAGGAAGGAUUAA